AAAAAAAAGGAUAGUGUGACCGAGAAGAGAGUGAGAGAGAGAGAGCGAGUGAUUGGAUUUGGCUAUGGCGUCUCGGAGAUUAUCGUCUCUGCUUAGUCGAUCCUUCGCUGCUUCGUCAACCUCUGCAUCUUCGUUGUUCUCUCUUGGUAGAAACUCUAGCUGUGGGAGAGGCAUCAGUAGAUUUAGCACUGCUGCUGCACAAGAAGAACUCAUUACUCCAUCUGUUCAAGUAAAUUAUACUCAGCUUUUAAUCAAUGGACAAUUUACAGAUGCGGCAUCAGGAAGAACUUUUCCAACCCUUGAUCCGAGGACAGGAGAUGUGAUUUCUCAUGUUGCUGAAGGAGAUGCAGAAGAUAUCAAUCGGGCCGUUGCUGCUGCCCGAAAGGCAUUCGAUGAGGGACCAUGGCCCAGAAUGAGUGCUUAUGAAAGAUCACGUAUUAUUUACCGUUUUGCUGACUUGAUUGAAAAGCACAAUGAUGAAAUUGCUGCACUUGAGACUUGGGAUAAUGGAAAGCCUUAUGAACAGGCUGCACAAGCUGAAGUACCAAUGCUGGCACGUCUCAUGCGGUAUUAUGCGGGUUGGGCGGAUAAGAUCCAUGGUCUUACUGUUCCCGCUGAUGGACCAUACCAUGUACAGACACUGCAUGAACCUAUUGGUGUUGCUGGGCAGAUUGUUCCAUGGAAUUUUCCUCUUCUUAUGUAUGCUUGGAAGGUUGGGCCUGCAUUAGCCUGCGGUAACGCUGUUAUUGUAAAGACUGCAGAGCAGACACCCUUAUCAGCUCUCUUUGUGUCAAAGCUAUUCCAUGAGGCUGGUCUCCCUCCAGGUGUUUUAAAUGUGGUUUCUGGAUUUGGACCAACUGCUGGUGCUGCUCUUGCCAGUCAUAUGGAUGUUGAGAAGAUUGCGUUCACAGGAUCAACUGAAACUGGAAAGAUUGUGAGCGAAUUGGCUGCAAAAAGCAAUCUUAAACCUGUAACAUUAGAGCUUGGAGGGAAGUCCCCUUUCAUUGUCUGUGAAGAUGCUGACGUUGACCAGGCUGUUGAGCUUGCACACUUCGCUCUGUUCUUUAAUCAGGGUCAAUGUUGCUGUGCUGGGUCUCGUACAUUUGUACAUGAAAGUGUAUAUGAUGAGUUUGUAGAGAAAGCAAAGGCACGUGCUAUGAGACGUGUUGUUGGUGAUCCCUUUAAAACAGGCGUUGAACAAGGUCCUCAGAUUGAUUCAGAGCAAUUUGGGAAGAUCCUAAAUUACAUUAGAUCUGGCAUUGAAAGUGGUGCAACCCUUGAAGCUGGAGGUGAUAGACUGGGAACCAAAGGCUACUUUAUUCAGCCAACUGUCUUCUCAAAUGUCCAAGACGACAUGAAAAUUGCAAGCGAAGAGAUCUUUGGCCCAGUGCAGUCCAUCUUGAAAUUCAAGAACCUUGAUGAGGUUAUAACAAGGGCAAAUACUACUCGCUAUGGGCUGGCUGCGGGGGUCUUCACCAAGAACAUUGGAACUGCCAACACAUUGAUGCGUGCAUUGAAAGCGGGGACAAUCUGGAUUAAUUGCUUUGACAUAUUUGAUGCUGCAAUACCUUUUGGUGGGUACAAAAUGAGUGGGCAUGGCAGAGAAAAGGGUAUCUACAGCCUCAAUAACUACUUACAAGUGAAGGCUGUUGUUUCUCCUGUGGAGAAUGCAGCCUGGCUAUAAGGUCGGUUUAUGUUAAUCUGCUUCAAUCAUAAUAAUAAGUUGCCUGCUUGCUUGUAUUCGAAGCUUUUUUGGAUUUUGUUUUUUUCUGGAUCGAAAGAGCUAUUUGUAUUUUGGUCUUAAAUAUAAUGCUUCCUUUUCUUCGA